GACCUUUGUAAAAAAAAAUGAAAAAAAAAAACAAAACAAAUAGAUAGAUCUACAAUCCCGGACAAAACCACUUGAAUGAGAAGGUUUUCCCCAUCAUGUCCACCUUCCUAUGCCACAAAACUGUUUCCAAAACGAUGCCUUUGCGGAAAGAAAUCCCCUUCCCCCAGUUCAAUGUUACUUCAUACAAACGCCCAGGGAUCAGGCUUUCUUUUGAAUACACAACGACAUUGCUUUCAGGGGAAGGGGGAGAGGGAAGAACUGGUACAGCUAUGGUGUUCAGAAAAGUGCUCCCCAAGUAUACAAUUUUCUCAACAGUUUUGUUCAAGCUUGUAGCAACCUUUGUGGCAUUACAGGUGUGGUAUGGAAUCCCUAAUGAAAGGGUUCCCAAGUCUCCACUAAAAUAGUGGGUAAGGUGGGGUCAGGGAGGAUGCGUGUAUACAGGAGUGUUGUGUGUAUAAAACAGAACAAAAAAGUUAGAUGUUAAGAUUAGCAAUCAGAUAAUAAGGGACUGGCAAACUACAAAGUAGCUAAGUCUACGUCAAAGAAGUGCAAAAAUUAAAUGAGCUGAAAAUAAUAAAUAACUGAAAUCCCUAAUAAAGAUAGGAUUAAAUAAAAUGAAUUAGUUGGAAAAUCAAAAGAAGAUUUGGAAUAGGUGAGGCUCAAGUCCUGUAAUGACCAUCAACUCACAUAAUACAACUCACUUUUACUCUGAACGUGACUACAGCACAGGUUGCCGAAACAUCAGUCACUGUCAACAACAGCCCUAUUCAGGGCUACAUUCACCUGGAUGAUCAUGCUCAAACUACUAUAAAUGAGACCUGUAAUGUUUGGUCAUUUUGAUAAAAGCAGCAUGUCACUUCUCAAAGAAAAUGUUUUUAUAUACUUGUAAUUUGGUUUUCUUUUACUCUUCCAGGAACUGCAUUUUUUAAAUUUUCAGUUACAUUCAAGGUAAAGAACACUAUAAGCUUUUAUCCACAUGCAUACAGCUGCAACAUUAUAAGUGUUUGACUCAUCAAUCUCAUUCUUAAUGUCAAGAUGCACUGCAUACAGUGAUGCACUGGUGCUGCUUACCCGGUGAUGACAAAGUUUGUAUGUGUUUAUCGCAAGCUUAGAGAUUGUUCAUUAUUUCUUUCCUCUUUCUCAUCCACCCAGACUUUGCUGGUAAACAAUUUUUGGUCCAGGGAACUCAAGGAAUAGAAUUUCAGAGAGUCAAAUUGUAAAAUUCCUCAUGAGAACAUGCUGUGGUCCCCAUAGAAGUUUGUGGCUUUUCUGCUCUGCCUUUUCCAUUCUUUUGACACAAUGUUUGUCCAGAGACAUAUGGUAGAAGUUAAUACACACGACAUUUUAUUGAGAGAUCUGGAGGGUUGGGGAGCAUUCAGUAAUUGCUACUGCAUUAACUUACUGUAUAAAAUUAUUUAAGGCAACAGUCUUUGCUAUUCAAUGGCUUUCUUCAACUCCUCUCUCUACUUGCCCUCCUAUCUUUGUUUUCCAGUAAUACUUCACUAAAAAGGUUACUUUUAUUGUCUGUUUCAGGAGCUGGAUUCUAUCAUGAAAAUAUUGGUAAGUCUGUUUGAAUUUUAACCAACAUAAUUAUUUUGAAUGGCUUCAAUUUCACUUUUGCUUUUUAUUUUGAGAGUUAUUUUGAAUGUUAUUUGUUACUAGCUCAAAUCUUUUUCUUUUGGCAGUUCACAAACUAUUACAAUAUGAUUUUAAUUCCUCUUGAUACAUUAUUAAAAGGAGAUUUAAAGGAUGUCAAAGGGGUAAGUGUCAAAAAGUGUAGUGCUUAAGUUUAAGCAUAAGGCAGGGCUCUGAACAUGGAAUACAAGUUAACAAAUAAGCAAUAAACUCACUAUACGGACUGUACAAGUACAUACCAUAAAUCCUCGAUUAAGCCCCUUGGGGGCUUAUUUGUUUCAAGCACAUUUGAGGGGGAGGGGGGGGGGUUAAUAAAGACCCGGGGCUUAUUUGAGAAGGGGGGCUUAUUUAAUUGAGAAAUGAUGAUGCAGGUAUCAGUUCUCCAUAAAGAACUAGAAUACAAAGUGGAAAAGCUCAGCUGUAAGAAGUUUUAGGUCAUGCAGCCGAGGAUCAGAAUCAAAUCCAGACUUCCAGUUGGUAAAUAAAACCAUCCUGGAUCAGUCCACAUGAAGUUUUACGGUCACGAUUGAUUAAUACAGUCUAUCAUUUAGUAGCAAAGAAUAAUUAGGGGAGGGGAGGGGGGGCUUAAUAGAGAGGGCAGGGCUUAUUAACUUUCUUCCCCUGAAAAGGAACCCUCAUUAGAGGAAGUGGGCUUAUUUGAGAGGUUGGUGGGAGCUUAAUAGAGGAUUUAUGGUAUGAUAGUCUAUGUUGUUACCUUGUAGUGGGUUCCCUGUGUUGAUGUGAGCAGGGUUUCAAAAGAGUCCUGUCCAGUUGUUUGGGACGUGUAGAUUUUCUCAUUGAGCUGGUAGCUUACUUUUAACCUACACUUCCCCAGUAGACAAGGGUCCUUGCAAGUCAUCUUUGAACUAAAUCAUCAACUCAAACAGCCCAGCAUUAGUCCUGGGCAAGCAAAGUGUGAGAGCUGCUUGGCCACUGGACAGGCUGGAAUUGACAAGUUAUUUUCGAGUGCUAUGGGUGGGUCUUGGUACAGAUGUAACAGCUACAAUUUUUAACUCACUCAUUCAAUUGCUUGUGUUUGUGUGCUAAAUAAAUGAGUUCUGCUGUCAAUAGCUGACUGUACAUGUAACUAGACUAACAGUGUAUGUGAUAGCACAGCGUUUGGGGCACUGAGGAUUUUAUUAGAGGUGCCCUGUUUUAUUUCUAAUCCCACAGUUAAUUUCAUUUUUAUCUCGGACUCAACUUUUUUACCAACAUCAAUGCUUUGCUUACUUGGUUUUACUCUUAAUAUUUAACAAUGUGUAAAACUGUAAAACUUUGUUUUGUAGGAAUUGAGAAAACCAUUUGACAAAGCCUGGAAAGAUUAUGAAGCUAAAGUGUAAGAACCUGAAACAACUUACGAUGUGUCAUAUUUGAUAUUAUUCACAAUUUUCAGUAUUUUUAUUUUUAUACAAUUUUUUUUUUUUUCUUAAGAAAGAUGAAAAGUUUCCACAUUAAAUGUAGUAUUAAAUAUUGUCUGCGAGCAAGCUCUCCGGGGCCCCAGACAGCUUGCUCACAGGCUAAUGUAGCAUAAGCUCUCACAUCCUUGUUUCUUCAAACUCCCGAUAAAUAGAACCAAAAGUGACUUUCCUUCCACAACUCAGCACUGCAAGUUAACAUGAUAUUUCAAGACUCUUGAUAAUUUUCUAUAGGGGUGAGGCUUAAUAGUUGUGAUCUCAUGAACUGUGUUGUAGGGCAAAGAUUGAGAAAGAAAAGAAAAAAAUGGCCCAGGAAGCUGGCUGCCUCAGGACAGAAGUUACCGGAGGGGAGGUAUCUUGAUUCAAACUUUUGAUAAAGUUCGAGUUGAAAGUGAUGCAAAGUUACAAUAAUAAGAUAGAAACCUUUGGCACCUGCACUGCAUGUGUGUGUCCAUCUAGAGAUGUCGGUCUAAUAGAUUGUUGAUAAAAAGGAGUAAUGGAAGGCAUGGACCAUAACCCCUGGUGUCUGUUUUAGCGAGGUGUUCUCCUUAAUACACUGUAAAGGCAUUCAUUAAGAUUAUGAUUACAAUUUGCGUAAUGAUCCUGAUGGGUAGAACCUCUCUGCAGAUGUACUGCUACUACUACCACUACCACUACCACCACCACCACAACCACUAUCACUACCACUACCACUACCACUGUGACUGCAACUCGACUGCUGCUGCUAAAAAAUCGCUGUUUAUUUAGGUUUUUUUUUAAAAUUUUGUUUUAUGAUUAUUACUGGUAAUUGUAUAUUUAGAUGGCUGAAGAGACCGAAAAGGAGAGGAGAUAUUUUCAGUUGCAAAUGUGUGAGGUAUUUAUACUUAAUAUACGGAUCAAACACAGUAGUAUAUCUGUCUGCAAACGUACUAGUUUUGAUUGUAGAUUUAUUCAUUCUUGCAAUCUUGAGAAUUUGCAUUAUGUUGACCUGAGAAUCGAAGACUGAAUUCGGAAUGUUGUAUCAGAUCUAAAAACUGUUAUAUCAAACAUAAAUAUUCUCCUUGAACGAAUGCCAAAUUAAGAGUUAAAAAGUCUGUAAGUACUGCAGUGUUUUUUAAAGUAUAUAUUUAUUCUGUGUUUUAUUGGAUUCAAGUUUUUAAUGAAGGUGAAUGAAAUCAAAAUCAAGAAAGGAGUUGAUUUGGCUCAGCAUCUUGUGGAUUUCUAUGAUGCUCAAGUGACGUGAGUUUUGUCAAUCAUUGUCUUUCCUCUUUCAAAGAAGACCCAGACUUCUGAGAAAAUUGGAAUUGCAUACUAUAGCUGUCAAUGACUAAUCCUAUAUAGAGGUACUACAGCCGAAGAGGUUUCAUUUGAAUGGUUACACUAGAGGAUUUCGUCCACAGACUCAAAAGUUAGAACCCCAUACUAAAUGAAUAGUGCCAUGUGAAAGUACUGUCGGUGAAGAGGUUUUGUUUUGAAUGGUCCUUCGUCAUCACCACUGUCAUCAUCAUCAUCAUCAUUGUUGCGUCAUCGUCAUGCCAAAACUGAUCUUUAGCAGAUUUUAUUCAUCUCUUUCUAGGCCUGAUUUGUUGUAAAAAAAACUAGUGCAAUUUUUUUUAAACUAUUACCUACAGCGUAUACAGCAAGUACAUGUACAUUGCUAUUUGCUAUUGCAGGUAUUUUCAGCGAAGUUCUGAAGUGCUGGAAAACAUGCGAGGCUAUUUAGGGGAUCUUGCUGCAAAUCUUCAACAGGUAAGUGGCCGAUAAACCCUGUAUUUACUGUUUUAGGCCUCAGAGAAAAAAGGAUAAAUUUGCUAGGGAGGACUGGUCUGUAGACAUUGAUUUGAAAGAAAUUCAUGGAAACGUUUAAUACUUACAUGCUAUGUUCAUCCUCUACCGGUUCGCUUUUCAUGCCGACAAGUAAUUACUUAAUUAACCUCAUGUCAUUACGUUAUUUUUUACUUCUUUCAAAUAGUCAGGUUUAUAUAGCUUCAGAGUGCAUUCCUUUGUUUAGUAAUGGUAAAACUCGUUAUAAUCUUGUCAAUUUUUAUUUAGCUAAGAGCGCAACAGGACGAAGAGAGAAAGGAAUUAAUUGAGUUAAGAAAUGAAAUCAAAAGCCAACUACAACCAGAAAAGGAUGUGAGUAAAUCAUUCAUUUUCCGACAUAAGCCGGAGAAAUUAAGUUUACAAUUUCCCAAUAAAUUCGGGCAGAUGGACCUUUCGAAGCUCAACAAAAACUCAUCAAAUAGUACUGAAAUUGCGAGGGAAGUUUCUUGGGAAAAAAAAGGUUCUGAAAAUUCCAAGUUCCGGAUUCAAAGUCAAAUGAAACGGGGAUCAGUUUUGCAGGAAUAAAGUUGUGAGAACAACUGGGUAUACCUCAAGAGUUAAUCCUAUUUUUUAAAUCUAAAAAGUGGAAAAACUGUUUGCUACGUUGAAUUUGAAAGCGGUACAGUCGAACAUCUCCACAACGUCCAGCUUAGGGAUACAAGAAAGUGGUGGUUGUAGGGAGGUUUAAACAAUAUCCAGUGUAUGAACUGUCUGCCAAAAAAAGUGGCCGCUGUAGAGAGGUGGCCAAUAGGAGAGAGGUGGCCGUUAGUGGAGUGUUGGCUGUUAUUGAAGAGGUGCCUGCUUGAAAAGUGGCCCAUCUCUAUUAAAAUGUUGUGUCGUGNAGAGAGGUGGCCAAUAGGAGAGAGGUGGCCGUUAGUGGAGUGUUGGCUGUUAUUGAAGAGGUGCCUGCUUGAAAAGUGGCCCAUCUCUAUUAAAAUGUUGUGUCGUGAUAUGCCGCGUUAGUUUUGCGUGUGUUUUUUUAAAAUAAAUGUUUGUUUUACUAGUCAUCACAGAGCAAGGCAGGCUACAGCUUACAUGGACAACAAGGUGAUAAAAUGCAUGGAAAUGAAAAAGCUGGAUUUCUACUAAAGCGUAGCGAAGGGUGAGUUAAACUUUUACCACACAUCUUUACGAAAAAAGUUACUGCAUUGUAUUGUUUAGUAUCGUAUCGUAUUGUUUUUAUUAUUACACGCGGGAAGGUUGAAUAUGAUUGGCUGGCAAUCUCUUGUUGGCCGAUCAAGUGUGACACUUUUGUCUUGAAUAACCUGUAUGGAUGUUACCAUCAGAGUUCAAGGGGCGGAAGCAAUGUUUCUGCGUUCCUUUAAUCGCUAGCGAACGAAAGAAGUUGUUAAACGCGUCAACUGAUUGGAGGCCUCUUGAAAUAUAUGUUGCGUUUCAAUUUUAUCCUUGGUUUAAAUUUUAUUUUCCUUUGUUUUUGGGUAUGGCAUUUGUAUGAUAAUGAGUUUGAAACCAAGGGAAAAAGUUAAACCAAGGAUAAAAUGGAGCAACGUGUAUGCAGCAAUUAGAGAGAAUUUUCGUACGACCUUGAAAUAACGAAGGCGCGAACAAAACAGAAACAACAAACGAACGGAAAUAGAGCGAUUUGAUUGGUUUAUCGAACGGAUACAAACGCGUGUGGCUUUUGGUUGGUUAAGCGAACGCUCGGUUGAAAAAACUUCAUGCCCGAGAACUUUCGAGAAAUCAAUUGAUACUUCGCUUUGACGUCAUAGUGUAACACGAUUGGCCAAUCAAACAAUGCCUUCUCCACAUCAGGGUUUUCUUUGGCAGGAAAACGAAGAGUCCAUGUUUUGAUCUUUUCAUCCAUUGGCUGAUAAAACAAAUAACGAAAACUUACUGAGCUAAUGGCGGCAUUUGUAGCUUUAACGUGGAAGCCGAGAAAAGUUUGGAAUUCGUGGGAAAUGAAUACGAUGUUUACACAACUCCCACGUCGAAACGAAAACAGAAUUGGCACGAAUCAAGUUCUUUUCUUGAGUUUUCAUAGGAGAAAAAAAGAAAAAAAGGGGAAGGCCAAGUCCAGCAAUCUUGACCCGACAAGGACACGCUUAGUCACUUCAGAGUGUGAAAAGACUUUGUUUUUUUUUGUCCAUUUUAGAUUUUGAUGUGUCACCUUCUUAAUAAUAUUAUUUUCUUUGUAUCUUUGUAUUUCAGUUUUCGAAAAGUUUGGCAAAAGAGGUAUUGCAUAGCCAAAGAAGGAAUGUUUACAUUAGCUCACUCACCGGUAGGAAUUUUCGCCGAUAAAUAGCAAGAUUUUGCAAGUAUUUUUGAUAGGUUUGCUUGUGUGAUUAACCCAGAAACGUCUUUGUUGUAAAAGCAGUAAUUAUCUAUUAUGGUUAUGACAAAUCAAAAGGUAGUAUUUGAGACACAGGUACACCUGUGUUGAGGUAUCAUUUGUAUACUUUGAACUCAUCUAUCUGUAUUCUCAUUGGCUAAUUUUUGGAAAUCACCGCAGUCUACUAGUCUGUAGGUUGCACGCGUAGUACAUGAUUUCAAAGAGCAAUGACGUCCAGCUCUGUUCAGUGCAUCGUGUGUUAAGAAAAUUGAAAACGCCAAAAAUUAAAAGCAAUUAUUAGAUUCGGUUUUUUGUGAUAACCGGAAAAAUCAAGGUCUCGGUAAAAAAACUCGUCCAAUAACUGUUUAGCAUUCAUUAACUUUACGUACCAAUCGCUAUACUCAUUUCACGAGUACAAUAAAGUAUGGCUUUUACAACGGCUAGCCUUCCGCUGGCCAUUGUAAACGCCCAUACAAAUACCCUGCUCAUAUUUCGUUUGUAAGUCAGGAUUCUGGCCGCGGUCUAACUUCCUAAAUGUGCUUUGUUUUUGUAGUCAAGUCGACCAACCCAAACUCUUAAUCUUCUUGUUUGUCAAGUAAAAGUAAGUGUAUAUCCGGCAAGCUGAGUUUUUAAAUAGAAUAAGCAUAUUGUGUCCCUUUCCCAAAACUCUGAAAUGAGCCUCCCUCCGUAUGAAAUUCCCAGGGGUUUAUACUUGGGAAUUGCCCCAAUAUACAUAGCUAAACUGCCUUACAUGUACCAUACCGGAACAUUAUGAGACAAGCCCAGAUGUGCAUUUUCAUAUGUUAAGGUUCAAUGAUCAAGCAUCCACCGUACAAACGGGGUAUUUCUCGAUUCUGCGAACACGUUGAUGGUUAGUUAUUGUGCUGCCAUUCAUGGUUAAUACGGUGUUCAUUUUUUAAAUGUUUUUUAUGCUGUUGUGUUGUUUAGUCAAUGCUCCAGCAUUAUUUAGUGUAAAUACUGUAGCCCCUUAAAAUAUAAAUCUCAUAAAGAAGACCCUUUGACGGAUAUAAGCUCCGGAGAUUAUUGUCCAAUUUUUAUGGUAACCGAGAUAAAACUCUUAUUUUUUUUAGGAAGAGGAUGGAAAGAAACAUACUUUUAACAUUGUAUCACGUAGGUUUUCAAUCUUUCAUAACAUUAUUUGCUCUUCUUCUGAUAGUAUCUAAGAAAAAACAUUUUGUCGAACUUUCAACCUCAUCCCUUCCAGACCUAUUUUUGGAGACAUAUUCAUUAGUCCUGACUUAUUUUUAAUCCUUUAGACUGAAUCCUAUGGUAUAGUUAUUCUCAGGAACCCAGUAUUUUCGCCAAGUACCAUUUUUUAAAGAUAUGAAAUUUGCGAAUUUGUGUCGUAUCCAUUUUAUUCAUUAUUAACCAUUAAUGGGCAAAACAUGAACUAAUGCCAGGUGAGGUUAAUUUAAUGAAUUGGCAUGCCCAGGGGCCUACAAUUUAACACUUUGAUUGAUUGAUUGCUCGAUUGAUUGUGUUACCCGCUAAUUAACCCAUCCUGCUAAACUGAGGCAGGCUGGCCAAAUAUAUGAUGGCAAUACAAAGGCAGGGGCGGGUCCAGGAUUUUUCUUAGGGGGGAGGGGAGGUGUACCACUAAGGAAUUGCGUAACUGACUGGUGACGUAAACUUAAGUUUUACUACAGAAUAUCAGUUGUAUUAGAAAGCCGCAGGUCUUCUCAUGGGGUGUGGGCGGGGGGGGGGGGGCACCCCCCGGCCCCUCCCCCCUGAUUCCGCCCUGGAAGGGUUUAACAUUCUGAUUUUUUUUUCAGACAAAAGGACGGAUUUAUUUCAAGCUGAUUAUGAAGCCCGAUUGGAGGGCGAAGUGGGAUACGGUGGUGCCUAACAAAAAAGUUAAAUUGGGGGGGGGGGGGGGGGGGGGGGGGGUGCGCACCCCCUGCACCCUCCCCCUUGAUCCGCCCCUGAAAGGUUUUACGAUUCUGAUUUUUUUUGCAGACAAUAGGACGUAUUUAUUUCAAGCUGAUAAUGAAGCCGAUUUGGAGGCGUAAGUGGAUUACGUUGUUGCUAAACAAACAGGUUAACUGACUGAUGGUUGGUUUUCAUAUUAAACUAAUUUAUUUCUGCGUUCAUGAUUUCCAGCUGGGUACAUGUUCUAAACAACAGUCGGACCGAAGCGUUGGAGAAGGCGUUCGGCGACAGUGACAAAGCCGAGGUACACGUCUCUGUUGUUUUAGUAAUAAAAGACGUAAUUCAACUCCACCCAACAAAUCUUUUCGAUUGAACAAUAUCUUUGGUGCUAGAAAUGAAUCGACUGCUUCACGUUCGCUAUUGUUUUUCGUUUUUCAGUCAGAAGAGAACUGCUCUGUGGUUAGCAACCUGAAAGAGGUAAUGACUGUUUUUUGCUAAGAAACAUUUCUGAUUUGGUUCCAUUUUUGAUAAUUUGUCAAGUUACAUUAAAGGAACAAAACAUGGUUAGGAACGGUGUAGCGCUGAUAAGUUGAUCACAAUUAAAGGAAGACAGCUAGUCUUUAAGGAGCUAUGUCUCGAGGAUAUUGUUGUUUUAGCUCAAUUCUGUGCUGAAGUUUUUACUGAGUGCCUUUAUCCCACACACAAAAUGCUCUUUCAGAGAUAUGAAGAAGAUAUCAAACAGAUUUUAUAGUUAGAAAGCACAAACCAUAUUAACUUUUGGUGAUUUUUGCUGUCAUAGCAUUCAAACUUGAAAAAGUCUGCCCAGCUUUUUCAAGUUUCAAUCCAUGUCCAUCCUUGCCAUCCGUUGUUAUAGACGACAGAAAACAGCUUUAAUACCUAAACAUAGUCCUAAAUAACAAGACUGGACCAUUAUGUUUAGAAUUCAGUUAAUGCGAAGACAUUUGAGCUUUUCAAAAAAUGGGAAAUAGCAUGACAUGGUCCGAUCAGCCUGCGAGCAGAGCCUUCUUUUGUCUUCUUCGAGAUCGAGGAAUAGAAAAGGAGGCUGUAGCUGAAUCUCGUCAAUCCUUUGAAGUCGCUGCAGUCCGAACUUAAUCUUGUUUUUUCUUGUCAAACUGGUUUUUCGCGUGGGAGCAUUCAUUUGUUGAUAAACGAUUAUCAUCAUUGAGCCCGCUAAACCAAACGUACGGCUUUAAAGGUGAUGUUACACGAGACGAUUCGCAACAACGAUUUUUAGCGCAACACGGCGCUGUAACAUUGUUGCGACAUUAUUUCGAAUGAUUACAACAUUGUUCCAACAUUGCAACGCUGUGUUGCGCUUAAAAUCGUCGUUGCGAAUCGUCCCGUGUAACAUCACCUAAGGUCUGAUUUUGAAACUGUUUCCUGGCGACAUGUAGCGCAUGCUCAACAAAGAUAUUACUCAAUUCAUGCAGGGUCUUUCUCGAUUACACCUAAUCGAGCAAGUGAAUGAAAGGCUCUGUUAGCAGGUUGACGAAAGAUUUGAGAUGGAAACCAAACGGAGGAAAGGUUCUUUCUACCAUCCUCCUUCCCAGGGUCCACUCGGCUCCAAUCAUCUCUGCUCGCUUGCUGCCCGCGAGAACUUGGUAGAAUUUUAAGUAAUUGCACGGUCAGACCUUUUACAUCUGUAUGUCGUCCUAUUGUCAGCUAAGGCAGAGUAUUGUGUCCCAAGUGCGGCGUUUGCCAGGAAAUGACACUUGUGCAGACUGUUCUGGGAAAGGUAAGAAAUUAACUAAAACGGCUGUAAUUUUUAAUUGAAUUACGCUGUGCAACCUCAUAAAUUAUAUCAUUAUUUAAAAUUAUUAUUAAAAAGUGAAUCAUUGGAUAAUGCAAUUCUAGAGCUCUGAUUGGCUUAGCCAUCAUGGUAUAUGAGCCAUUAUACCAUGCUCUCCAAAUAAUGGUUACUGUACGCGUCUGCUCAAAAUUAAGAACAAGCUGAAAAUCGGUUGUUUUUACAAAUAAAGUUGGUAAGAAUUCUCGAUUUUUUUGUGAGCGUUUUAAAUAAAACAAUUAUUCCACUCGCGCUUGUUAGAUACGAGAUGAUUAAAGUCAACUCGGCAGUACGCGCACUCAUGGAAUAAUUGUUAAAUAGCCAAUGAAAUAAGCGAUAGCGUGCUAAAAAGAAGUCGCACAGUGCAAUAGGACAAUUGCACGAUGACGUCAUUUUACUACAACUACCAGAAUCCUUGAGUUUCUUGUUUUCUUGGGCAAAUUAAGGCUAUUGUUCUUUAAUCCUCAGCGGGAUUGACAAAUUUAAAUAACAGAGCAAAACCGAAAUGAAUUCUGGUAGUUGUAGUCAAAUGUCUUCAUCGUGCAAUUGUCCUGUUCGACGAAACUUCGACCCAGUCGCGCGCGUAAAGUCAACAAAGCCGAUAGAGAGGUGUCCCUAUUGUGGAUACGCCACUUUCACAUUUCCCAUAAUGCACCGUAUUUGCCCCCCCCCCAAAUUUUGCAUAACCUUUGUUUUUCAUUUCUCCUGGAUAUUACUAGCAGCCGUCCCAAGAAAAAUUGAAAACAAUCCUUAUGCACAAUUCUGGGGGGCAAAUAAGGUGCACUAUGGGACAUGUGGAAGUGGCGUAUGAAUCCGUGAAAAAGGGUCCAUGUUCUUGAAAUGUUGCUUAAAAUGAGAGUAUUGAAGUUUCUCAUAGACGGUACUUACUUUCCCUGUUGACAGAUCCCACGUGGCUGGCCACUAAUCUCGGGGUGUUGCUGUGUAUAGAGUGUUCAGGGAUUCACCGAGAUAUGGGAGUACACAUCUCUAGAAUACGAUCCAUUGAGCUGGACAAACUCGGCACUGUUGAACUACUAGUAAGUUUAUGGCCAGCGUUGUGUGGUUUGGAGAUGUGGUUGUCUUGUGGUGAACGCGUUGGACUUCAGAACUCGGAGGCGUUCGGUUUUGAAACCUUUACCUUGUCUUAGCUAUAGAGCGGUUUUCACUUGACUGUCGUAAAACCAAAACCAAAGUAAAUACACUAGCCAACCAAAGGGCGUAGUAAAACCAAAACCAAAACCAAAACCAAUCCCUUUCGACAGUCAAGUGAAAACCGCUCUAUACAGAAACUUUGUUCCACAUUGUCUGUCUCCACCCAGGUGUAUAAAUGUUGGUACCAGUGAGGGUACCGGCGACUCACUCCUUGAGAUAACCUGUGAUAGGUAGGAAGUGAGGUUGGGAAGAGGGCCUAGAAAGGCGUUAUUUUGGAAUUUUGCAAGUUGCCCUACUUCUCUAUAGCAAAGCGAGGCAGGCAAAAUCUGUUAAAUUUGCGGGUGGAAUGUCAUUUGAUACGAACGGGUAGGUUAGAGCUCAAUUUGAAAAGAGAUAAAAGAGAAAGUAGAAAGUAGUCUUUUGCUCACCUUUUUUGUUUAAAGUUCCUUAGUUAUAGAAUAGAGUUAUAGAAGUUAUAGAAUACUUGAAAUAGAUUUUUUUUUUGCUUUCUUGUAUUAACAGCAAGCGAAAGCAGUUGGAAACGGCGGAUUUAAUGAAAUCAUGGAGGCCACUUUAGACUACAACGAAAAACCAACAUCUUCAAGUAACAUGUGAGUUAUUUAUUUCCCUUUGGUUUUGAACAAAAAUACCAACAGCACUCAGCUUUGUGUGAUGUUUACCAAGACCUCAUAAUUUCUUUUUCAGGGAUGAAAGGAAAGAAUUUAUUCGAGCGAAAUACAUUCAACAUAAAUACGCAAUAAAAUCAGGGGACAACGAGGAAAAAAUACUUCAGGUGCGUUUGUUACGUGUUGUUAUUCUCCGAGAAAGAGUUCCUUCCACGUUUGGUGCUAUCUUUACAUAGAAACUUCAUGUUUUAAUCGGAUAAAUUGCUGCUUCACAAACUUAUUUAUAGCCUCCUUUGUUUUUGACAGGAGCUUCACCAAGCUGUCAAAUCUAAGGACAUCUUAGCGGUUUUACAAGCGUUUGCUGAAGGAGUAGAGCUCUGUACACGGCUUCCUGGUCAUGUAAGUCUUAAAUACGUGUAACGUAACUACAGGGAACGUUCUGGAAAACCUAUACCAGUAUCACUGGUAUCACGUAGACGCGAUCGUUUGGCAGCGGUUUCAGGCAUCUCCGCACGCGCUAGGGGUCGGUUGCUUGUCUUCCUAUCGUCUUCCCAGGAUUUUUCCAAAAUGGUGGCAAAAGUCAUUUUUUUGUCCUUCUGACAAUUCCCCCUCAAUUCCCCCUUUCAAGGCUGUAAAAGCAAUUUUGAAUUCUGCAGGUGCAACUGAGGCAAUGAGGGCAAAUUAACAAAAAUAUAAAAGAAAAGCAAAAUUGCCUCCAUUUUGAAUAAAGUGUACCUUUCUGUGCUUGCUAUGUAUGCCUUCUUACGGUCUGGGUGUUUCUUAGUGUCGCGAAAGCUAUUGUAGGUUAGCGACUUUAUGAUGCAGCGAAACAACUUACGGCGUAACGCCUUUGCAACGAAAGGACUUGCAGCGAACGACUUUGUAGUGAAACAACUUCAUUAUGCAGCGAAGCGGCCGUAAACCAUUGCGUUGUGGUGUGCGUAUCGUUCCGUUUCUUUUCAAUCUUUUGUAUGACGUAAUUUUGUGAUUGCACCCGUCCGCAAUAACAAGAAACUACAACACUAACUUCAUUACAUUUAAUUUUUUUUGUCCUGGCUAGCCGAAAAAUGCCACAGCUCUUCAUGUAGCUGUUGAACAGGAGGACUUGACAUCCCUUCAUAUCGUCGAUUUCUUAGCACAAAAUUGGUAAGUCAGUAUUAAUGUUUUUAUUUUGUAAAUUUAAGGGACUUCUGUCAUAUAUGUAAUACCCAAGUAAACUAUAUUGUAAUAAAUCGGGGUUUCAGAGUUCCAUGUAUUCACCAACAUUGGUAGUUGAGCCAUCUUAAAAUAUUAAAAAGGAGACUUGACCUCCAUAAUUUACUCUGACUUAACCUCACAGAGUUAAUGAAGGAGGUUUGUAAGGUGGAUCUCUUGAUUCUAAAGACAAAAUCCUUUUGGGUGACUAUCCAAAUAAAACCUCUUAGACGGUACUUUGAGAUGGUCAUGUACUAUUUAUUUGGUACAUAGUCAUAACUUUUCAGUCUCUAGACGAUCUGCCGCAUUUAGUUACGUUUGUAAGUGGGUGUUUGGCUGGAAAACAGCGUCGCAAUUAACAGAGCAAGCACAAGGAUCUUGAUCUGGUCAGCGGUCAGCGAUGAUGAUGGCCGCGUCUUUUGAAGCUGGAUAGUUGUGUUAUUUGUUUCCUUUUUUGUGUGUUUAAAUAAUUUAGUUUCUCGUGUUGUGUGCGUGCGUGCGUGUUUGUGUUUUAAUGAAUUACAAAGCUAUAUUAGAAUAAAGUCAAUCCUGUUAAAGGGCCAUAAUUAGUUUUCUAUAAUGUGCCCUUCUCCAUUCUAACUUUCUUUAUUAUUUUUUAAAAAGGAACACGUAGUUUAAUCAACCUUGUACUAACUGAUAUUGUACAACUAAUGUAUUAUCUAUAGGAUGGAGUAAACAAAGAUCUUGAGUUUUCCAUUUCUUAUACUCUUGUAGUAAUAAUGUAAACGUAGAAGACGAGGAUGGCAACACAGCGCUUCACGUGGCCUCUCUCUCUAGUAAAACGGAAUGUAUGAGGGUCUUGAUAAGAGCUGGCGGCACAGAAAGCCUUGGUGUAGGUAAGUUCAAUUAAGGUCCAUAUUUCUUAUCAGUUUUAUUUUACUAUUUGUCUUUAUCAAAAGAGUCAGCGUCUGGCUUCUCAGCCGUUUCCUGGCCUGAACAGUUAUCAGCGUGCUACAUUGACAACAACCACAUGUUCUCAUUUCACUGACAGCGUUUUCAUUAUUCUGCGCGCCCGACAACACCUCACCUCUAACCUCUGUAGCCAAUUACGCCAGCCGCUUGUGUUCCAUCCUUAGCAAGUGCUACCAGAUAGUUUGCUCUCUACCAAUUCCUUUUUGUCUGUCUUUGACACCCGCUGGCAACGGUGGCAACGGCUCCAUCUUUUCGCACGGUCCACACCACACUUUUUUUUUCCCGCGCUUAAUACCAACCCUACUUUUCCCGCCAGUGGCAGCAUCCCAUGCUUUCUUGCGCGUGCUCAUGAGAAACUUGCUUGUUUUAUUUUCCCACGCGUUUUCGGCACACGUAUUUGCAUUUUGGUUGGUUCGUAGUUCUACUUUUAUUGCUAUUGUCCUUUUUGAUGUCUUAGUUUCCACUUUCCAAAUUUGCCUAAAUACACCGUAUUGUUUACAUUUUUGGCAGAAAAUAAAGAAGGGAAAACACCCAUGGACAUUGCUAAAGGGACAGGGCACGCAGAGUCUAUUGAACUGGUAAGUUGGAGAGGAUUUUUAUUAGCGAGUGGUCAUAAGUUGUAAUUCAGCUUUACUCAAGACCAUCAUAGGCGUUCCCCCUUGAGAGCUGAACCCGCGAGCCUUUCGUAUAACGCAUUUACUAAAUUAAUGCACCUACUUGCUGCAUUGAAUUACGGUGCCUACGUAAACCUCGUAAGCCUCGUACAAGCGGACGCAACCAUGUUGGCCAGGCAACUUCCAACAUUGUUGGGAGUUGUUGCGUCCUUUUACACGUAGCUUAAAGUUUGAUCGGCUUCAACCUUUGCAUCUCCCAACAACACGAAACAACAUGCAACAGGGUGUGCAAACGGACGCAGCAUGUUGCGUCCGUUUGCACGGGGCUUCAUAUUUAAAACACGUCGAAUUUACCUAGGGGUUCGACUGUAGGUGCUAAUAAUCCUGUCCUUUUUUAUUUUUCAGUUAAAACAGAGUGCUUCAGAUAAACUGGGACAUUGUGAGAAUGUCAAGAUAGACUGGGGUCUGAACGAAGUAAGAGUUUUUCAUGAAGUAUUCAAAGAACAGAACUAGAGAAAAAUGAAAAUUUCAUGGAAUGAAUAGGCCACUUUCGAGUUCCAAAAAUUCUUGCUUUCAUAGCGAGGCUAAGUGCAUAAACUCUCUUGUGAAAAUGAGUUUUAUUUGCAUGAGUAUGAAAAAUUCAUCUUCAUAUUUGCCUCAGUGGUUUUGCACUUAGCUUCGCUUUGAAACAAGAGGCUUCGGGCAACCUGGAAAUGGCCUGUCAGCGCGUUACCUUAGUUGGUGGCUUUUUGAGGAGUACUGAGCACCUAUUACGGUGAUUAAUUGCGAUUUCUUUGUUUUUCAGGCUGAUGGAAUUUACGAUAAUCCCUUAGAUUUAAUGGAUAUCAAACCUGAAUUUAGUGACGAGGAGACUUUGAAUGACUCAAACACUGAGCCAAAGGUAAAAAGUGAAGCACUUUUAUCAGAUACGAGGUGCUAGAAAGGCUACAGACCCUUGACGCAUGACAUCACGUCUGCAAUGUUGGUGGCCAUUUUGGUGUCCCAAACCAGUCCUGUGGGAGUUGAACUCUUUUGAUACACUAAACACCCGCAUAUAAGAACACACGAUUUCGAAGGUCAGGCUGAUUGAGUUCUUAUUUAUCGGAUGCUUAAUGACAAAUCAGCCUCAAAAUGUUCUCUAAAUGUUCUUAAAUUUUUCUUUGGUAAUACUAUCCAAAACAUGUUGCUAGAGGUAUAUUUAGCAUAUUUUAGGAAAAUAAAAUAAAUAAUUAUUCUGUAAUUUGAUUAUAUUAACAAAUGAAGUUAUCUGACAGCAAACAUAAAUUUACAUGUUUUGUAAUUACGACACUUUUACCAUUUUAUAGGAACGUGUUACAAUUUUCAGGCUGAUCUUGUCCUUAUAAAAAUGGUGCUUUAUUGGCCAAAUUUCAGCCUGGUGUUCUUAAUCCAUUUGUUCUUAUAUGCUGGUGUUCACUGUAUUUAAACGCAUUCUUUUGUUCCAAUUAAUUGACAUAGCUGCUGGUUACGUGACUUAAAACAGGUUUAUAUCCGUAUAGAUCGUUUUCACUCACGUGGUCUGCAACUUUGUAAAUUUCUUGUAACAAAAGAAAAUUUUACAUGAGAAAAUAGUUCAAUACCUGCAGGACCCAUAUGGUAAACCAACGUGGCCACCGUUUCAUUGUUAUUUUUUUACACAAAUAUGGCCGCCGUGACGUCAUGUGAAAACGAUCUUUAGUGGAACGUGGAUUUAACGAACUUCUAUAUGCCGAAAUCCUCGGUAUAAACGAGCGAUAUUCUUCAGCCCAGUAACGGUGAAAUAUAUGGAAAAAACCUCGCUAUAACGAAACCUCGUUAUAGCGAACAUAUUGUGCGAGUCCCUUUGGCCAAUCCGCAAGGAAUUCUUUCAGUGAAAAAUUUUCAAUAGAUCCACUUUAUGUUCAUGCAGAUGUUUUGGUAACAAGCGAUUUUUUUAUUUUAUCAGGUUCAGUCCAGUCCUCCCACUCCUCCGCGCCAUCGGCGUCACUUACCAACCCGACCUGUCAGUCAAAUGAUCCUGCCGGGGACGGGGUUCUUGAAAGGAAUUCCGGGGCAUCCAGGAAUGAGCCCCCUGGUAUCAGGUCUUUCACUCGACACACCUUCGAAAGAUAAACUUUCCGGGGGUUCGCCUCUCGUAAGACGGAGGGCACCCGUUCCCCCUUCAGGAGAAACAGUCGCUGUUAAUGUGCGAGCGAGUAUGUUCGUUCCCUCAACAAACCCGGAGAGCGCGUUUAAUUCUAUGGCAAGUACCUUUGGUCACGGACCUAAAACGAAAACGUAAGUUUUUUUAGAAGUGGAGCAUUCAAUGAAGGAACGUUUUUGCUCGGUUAAAGGUGUUAUGUUUAAAGAUUGAAACAGUUAGCCACUGUCGAUACUUCAGUCAGGUUUUUUUUCAUAGGAAGACCAAAUCAUCGUUAUCAGGAGCUCAUAACCAGCAGUGAACAAAAGCCAUUUCCGAGUUCCAAAAACUCUCACUUUCUAAAUGGGGCUAACUGCAAAACCUUUCUUAUGAAAGUCAGAUUUAUUUGCAUGACAAUGAAAAAACCAUUUUCAUAUCAACCUCACUCAGCCUCGCUUUGAAACAGAGGCUUGAAGUAACUGGGAAACGGUCUAUUCUACUGUAUUCAUGUCACACAGUUUUCACCGACCAGUCUAUUUCUUGAUCGAUUUUGUCGCGAAUUUAAAAUAACGUACCAGUCAGCCAAAAAAGGUCGGAAAAUGACUUUAUUAACGUUUUAAAGGCCUUUAGUUUUUCAUAUACCGUAUUUAUUCGAAUAAGCGCCCAACCUCGAAUUAGCGCCCACCCCCACCCCACCCCAUCCCACAUCCCUCCCACUCCCACUCAAACUCAAAUAAGCGCCCACUCCCUUCCCACUACCACCCAAAAAAAGGAAUAAGUACUAAUUUGAGACUUCCCCGAAGACGGAGUUUUCUUAAGAGUGUUUUGCAGAAACGUUGCUUUGUUACAUCUUCGCGUUUUGUUAUUACCAUUUACUGCUUUCUUGCAAAAUAUACAUACUACACUUGUUGAAAAUGGUGAAAAUUUAAUAAGCGCCCAGCCUCGAAUAAGCGCCCACCUCGAAUAAGCGCCCACUCUCAAGGUCCAAAAAUUUAAUAAGCGCCCAGGGCGCUUAAUCGAAUAAAUACGGUAUUGCGCUACGCUGCCUAAUCAUAUGUGUUGGAGUUUUCAUUUUUUAGGUGUUCUAAAAUUGUGUUAAAUAUACUGGGAAAGGCCAGAAGAAUAUGCUUAGUGCGGAAGUUGCUUGCUCCCGAAAGUGGCCACCUGUCACAAAUUCCCUUUAUAAAGUAAACCUCUUACAACUUACUCUGUUUUUAUUUUCAGUGCUGAUGAUGCAGGUGAUUUAUCCGAUUCCCCACCCCCUGUUCCCCCAGUCCGCUGCUCCUCUGUCAGUCGAGAGCGAGAUAAACGUUUCGGCGUCGAUAUCCCCCUUCCCCCUCUACCUGCCAAGCCAAAGUUCGACGAUACAGGGUCAGCCGUCAAAGCUUCUCCCCCGGAACUCCGAACGCGGCCUUCCCCUGAGGUUGUCAGUCGGCGAGCUCCACCUAUUCCUCCCGCCCCUAAGAGAAUAGGGGACACAAAGCCCGCCGCUCCCCCGCUUCCCAUGCACCGGAGGUCAAAAUCCGAAGGAAGAUCCCCCUUUGGUGAGGAAAUCGCGUCUGGUCCGGGAUCAGUUCUGAAGCUUCCUGUGGAGAAAAAGCUUUCCGAUCCUGCAGACGCUGAAGGCAGAGACGUAACAGAUAAUCUUCCCCUACCUCCUCCGAGGCCCAUUAAACAUGGGUCAGUCCGAGUGACGUCAUCUCCUUCACUUGUAGCCAAAGAAGAUUUAACACCAAGGUCAGCAGUGAAUUAUUAAGUGAUACUGUACUUGAUAUUUAAUUUCGCUUGUCGUAUUUUGAGCGGCGCUAAAAAAUUCGAUCACAUAACUCCUUUGCUAAAAGACUUGCGCUGGCUACCAAUCAGGCAACAACUUUAUUUUCGUUUUGCUGUUCUGGUUUUUAAGUGCAUGACGAGUUGUGCUCCGGAGUAUUUGACAUCAAAGCUCGUUGGAAGAUCCGCCGUCUCGACAAGGAAUACGAGAAAUUCUCAACUUUUGAACAUACCACUCUUCCGCACUGCCAGCGGCCAAAGGACCUUUCAAUAUAGAGCAACCUCUCUCUGGAAUGAGUUGCAGCCUGCGCUCAAACUUAGCCCAUCCGUGACGGAAUUCAAGUGUUUACUCAGGCAAAAGCUUCUUAAUGACUGCUUUAUUUAAUUAAUUUAAUUAAUUUUAUUGACCUUUGUCUUCUUUUAUCAUUGUUAUAUUCUUAUUGUCAUGUACUUGGUUUAUAAUUUUGUAAUGUAAAAUUGACUCUGAAAAGCCCCGUGGGGACGAGCCAAUAAAGUAUGUAUGUAUGUAUGUAUAUUUAUUCACUGAAUUGUCUUCUGUUAUUGAAUUGUGUGUGUUUUGCCGGCAGGUUCGCCACUCUACCUCGCCCUCCUCCACCUCGACGAUCGGGAUCAGAAUUAUCCAGCAAAACGCCGUUCUUUGGUAGGUAGACAAAUGAGUUUAAAUUCCCCCUUAAGCAUGUGUGCUUUAGAGCACUCGUUGCAUUAGUCACGCCGUUAUGAAAUGCGGAAAUUAAGUCCUUUAACCGGAUUAUUUUGACAGACAAAAAGCGACCUCUAACGGCCACUAGACACAAAAGCGAAUCCAUAUGGAAUAAACCAUAACGAGCGGUGGAAGGCAUGCUCAACAGGGCCAAGCGCAGACAGACCUUUGCUGUCGUCACGCGUUGAAGAUAGUAAUUUAUGUGAAGCUUGGUAGAGCGUGCUAGGGAGGGAAUAAGCGCGGGAAAAUCGUGAAAUUUCUGCCAAGCGCAGGAAAAUAGACUGACAACCGGUGCUUUUUGCCGCGAAACUUGAAAUAAGUGGGAUAGAGUAGUGCGUUAAACGCUAGUACACGUGCUUAUGGUGGUGGUGGGUGUGAAUCUUUUGUCAAGCUUUUUAAGCAUUUUGGCUGUAUUGGAUCAUAUUCAUUCACUUGGUCAGCAGGUGUCGUAUUGCUUGGAACAAAGAAAGUUUUCCUUGAGUAAAACAGAAGUGUUCAAUCCCACAGGAUUUUUUUGGUACACCAACAUGGCCACUGUUUCAAUGUUUUGAACACCAAUAUGGCAGCCUUGACGUCAUGUCAAAACGUUCUAUACUUCGUGAUAUCUUGAAUUUAGCUGGUAUGACUCUAAGACCUCUAAUUUUGGAGCUCAACAAAAACAAAACCGAAAUUGCUUAAUCCAUAUUUAUUGAAUUCUUAUGGAAAUAUACACUCACGUGAUGUUUUAUAUUUGUAUUGUGGUAAACACAGAAAGCGAAAAUAGUAAUCAAGGUCAAAUACCCGCUGAAGAAAAAGAAAGCGUCACCGUUCCAGAGAGUCCCAUUCCAGAUCUUCCGCCAAGAUCACACAGAACCGUGUCGGUGAGUAUCGUGGUGUAGUUUUUGUACAAUACUCUUUUAGGUUGUCUGGUCAUUACAAGGUUUCCUGAACCACAGGACCCAGAGGAGUUCAGUUUGUCAUUGGAACAUCCAAAACUGUAUUAAAAACCAUACACAACAGCUAUUCCAACAUUUCCGUUACGCAACAUAUGCACCUAUUUCAAUUAAGGUUGCUUCCGCGAAACAUAGUACAUGAUGCAAACUUGUUAAAAAUUUUCGAUUUUUGCAUAUUACCACAGAGAAAAACCUAAACUCAAAUCACUGUCUUAAAAAGCCUAGGAUUCAGUGUUUUGAAAUAGUUUGUGUUAACGUUCUACUCACACAGCGUAGUAGCGUCUGCAACGUUUGCUGCAUUCUAGGUUUGUAGGCUCGUCGUGGGCACAUAAUUUACUAAACUUGCUCCCAUAAUGCACCGCGGGCCAUGAAACAUGAAACAUGCCACGCCGAAACAACCUUGAUAGCCCACCUUCGAUAUAUUUAUAAAUUCUAAUAUGAUUUUGAGGCUUUCUGGUCAUUUUUCUAAAUUUCGUUUGGCCUUCUUUGCGCUCAAGUCUCCUCUGGGAAUUGCGAGACAAUGGAGUCGUGAAAAAAUUGCAAUUUUUGUCCCUAAAGCCUCGGAGUCGUAUUAGAAUUUUAUUAUAUCGAACGUGGGCUAUUUAAAUUGGUGUAUACGCGCAAGAUUGGCUUCGGGUAACGGUAUUGCCUCCCACAAAGAAAUGGCUUUUGGUUAAAUUUAUAUUCAAAACGGCAGUUUGUUUUGAUAGGAGAUCUGUUUGAAAUGCAUCGAUUAAGAUCCUAUUGGGCUUAUUAUUUGGGUUUAUCAACGAUGAUUUAUAUUUUACCCCGUGAGACGUUAAUAAUGUGUUCAUAUGUUCCAACUGAACUCCUCUGGACCCUGUGCCUCCACUAACGGAGGCCCUGGGCCGGGUUGUUCCAAGCUGAGAUAAGCGCAAAAUCUUUGUUCAGAUAUGGAGGCUUAAAGGGUAAAUUCAAGUAAAUUCUACCCUAAAAAUGUCCAAAAGUGGAAAAUAAUCUUGGCUCUGCUUAAAUGCGAUAAGCUUCUCCAGGCAAAGGGCUUCGAGCGCGUAGGUGAGUGUGUAUUUUUGCGAUACAAACUGUCGGCUGUCAUAUGUAAACUUCAAGGAUCACAUUAUUCUUUCCUGUUGUCUGUUUAGACUCCUUCGGGCCUUCCGCAACGAGUGCAAGCACUAUAUGACUGUGAAGCCGACAAUGACGACGAACUCACCUUCAUGGAAGGAGACAUAAUAUUGGUCAAGGGGGAGGGGGAGGAUGCCGAGUGGUGGGUAAGUAUCAGUUGUUCAGAUAUCCUGCAUUGCAGGCGUUUUCUCCCGCCAUGUUUCCUUUACAGUAACACCAGAUGAUAUUAAAGAUCGAAAGACUACCGUUUCAGUAAGCGUUUCGAUCCUCAGGGAUAACAUAAUUGUCAAUUAGCUCAUGCAUGUUACGCGUCCUCGUGGUAUUUAAUUACGUAGCCUGGGACCAAGCUCCGCAUUGGGGGAAAAAGGGGAAAAAAAUUUGCGUGGCCAAAAAAAAAAAAAAAUUGCGGUGACCAAACCGAGCCAGGGGGUAGUCUGGGGAGGAAAAGAGUGGCGGGGUCUCUGCUGCACUUUCCUUCUUCCCAGGCCACCGCUAAGACCCCGUUUUUUUACCUUUUUCCUCCCCUGCGGAGCCUGGUCUAAGGCUAUGAAAGACGUUGCUGAUACAGUUGCUUUAUACACAAUGAGCCAUUUGAAGUCACAUGGUAUAAAAACACCUCGCUAUAGAGUUAACGACUCGGUGAAAUCUUGAAGGAAAGGAAAUGAACUUUUCAAAUGAUGUACUGUGAAUCCUCGUUUAAGCCCCCCCGGUGGCUUGUUUCUUUCAAGUUCGUUUGAGGGGAGGAGGCUUUAUAGAGAGGAAGGGGGCUUAAUUUAAUGAAAUGGGGCACCAUACUGCUUUUUCAAACAACCAGAAGAUGGUAUCAGUUCUCCUAAAAGAACUACAAUAGGACGCGAAGUGGAAAUGCUCAAGCACGUAACGUUAGAGAUCUUGCAGCCAAUGAUCCGAACUUCCAGCAUAUGAAUAAACUAUACCGGAUCAGUCUAUCUUUUGUUAAUUUGGUAGUGAAGAAUCAACCUCGUUCCCAGGGUUCUCUCCUACUUGUUUCCAUGGAUAGGAGAGAGAACCUGGGAACGGGGUCUGUGAAGAAUAAGGAGGAAGUGGCGGUUAAAAGAGAGGAGGGAGGGGAGGCUUGAUAGCUUUCUUUCCCUGGAAAGAGGAGAAGAGCUUUUUAGAGAAAGAGAGGGCUUAUUUGUGAGAGGGGCACAAUAGAGGACCCACUGCGUUCCAUACAAGCUGUUAUCCCACGUGACUGUUAAGCUGCCAAGUGCCCAUUGUGAUCGAAGAUUAUUCUUUGUUUUCUUCGUAGCUGGGGGAGAUUGAAGGGCAUCCAGGAAAAACAGGAGUUUUUCCAGCAAGCUUUGUCAGGGUUCUCUCCCAUUGAUGUCUAUAAAGCAUAG